CGGUGCGUGUGCAUCGGUGCGUGUGAGUGCUGGUUUGCGCACGUUUCUGUUAUAGCAUCUGUUCCUUUUGUUAUUAGAAAUAGUUCCAAUGUUGGAAGGCAUUAAAUGCCAAUUGCUACUACAAGAUGAGAUGUCAAAGCAGACAGAAAACGCUGGAGCGAAUUUAAUAACCGAAAGGCUUCAUGGAUUAGAGCAGCAAGCAGCUGGUUGUACGGCUCACUCUGAAAUAAGGAGACCGCUACAAGAACUAAAUAAUCUUCGCAACAACUUUCUUUCACCACCAAAAGCGUCACAACCAACACAGAGCGGCCUUGGAAAUCCACUUUUAAACAUCACUUUGGCAGACCAUUUAUUCCCAACUAUUAAACAGCCGUCGAUCACAAUCAUUCGUGACGUCCCAAGGUGGGUACCAGUUCUUUAUGAAAAAGAAACUGCACAGAGACCUUCGAAGAGGAAUGGCAAAGAGUCUGUUAUCAUUCAAUUGGAGGACGUUCCCUCACAUGUUGGAGAAAUCGACGUUACAGUGUCUCUAGUAACAGCUAAAGACACUCUACAUCCGUAUGUCUACCCGACGUUUUGUGGUCGUACAGUGCCCUCAGACUGUAAGGAAAACGCAUGCGCCCGAAAUGUUACUGUAGUUUUGCGAAAAUCAGAAGAAUACAGAAUUGAACUGAAGAAUGUGGUAAUUAGAGGCAAGAAAAUGGACAGUGACGCUAGGCAGUACACUCCAGAGGAUCUAAAUCAGUUUCGUUAUAAGUUCGAGACAACAAUUCCUGCUGUAGACCCUUCCGCGUCUGCUGACGAUGCCUUGAUUACGGCAACUUCGUACUCUAGAUCAGUUAAAUUCUUAUGUCCCAGCAGCUUACCAACAAAUCGCCGAAGAAAUAGUACGAGCAAAGACACAUUACCGUCCGCAAAGAUAGCGAAGUCGCGAUUUAAUCAGCAAGAAUGAGGACAAGAAAAGGAGUGGAAAAUAGAUGUUUUAGUUUAGUAUAGUGUGUUGCAACGGCGUGUUCAUUUUUGUUUAGAAACUCAUCCAUCUUAUUGGUUAGUUUUAUGUUUAUAACACGAUGCUCUGUAUUAUGAAGACUUCCGUAAAUAUAGAGUCAUAGUGUUUAUGUACUUAAUUCAUUGAAUCUUU